AGGGUGAUCAGUGUGUUGCCUAGAAUUGGUGUGUUGUUCCCAUCAGAAAAUACAACCAUGAUCAACACGGAACGUGAUUUCCACAUGGUCGGAGGGGAAGGAGAAAUUAGCUAUGCCAGGAAUUCUAGGGUUCAAAACAAGGCUAUGAUGGAGACUAAGUCAAUCCUCGAUAAGGUAACCCAAGAAGUAUACACUGGUCUUUUACCACGUAACAUGGUUAUUGCCGACCUUGGCUGCUCUUCAGGACCGAACACAUUGCGUUUUGUCUCGGAGGUGAUAAAUAUCAUAACUAAGUGCCAAAAUAAGCUAGGACAACUUGAUUUAAUGGAUCUUCAGUUCUUCUUAAAUGACCUACCUGGUAAUGACUUCAAUCACCUCUUUCGGACAUUGGAAACGUUUAAGAAGGCAAAUGAAACAAAUCAUGAAGGAGAAAUAGUACCUGCAUACUAUAUUUGUGGAGUGCCAGGUUCCUAUUACACAAGGCUUUUUCCUCAACAAACUAUUCAUCUCUUUCACUCCUCGAUAUCUCUUCACUGGCUCUCUCAGGUGCCUGAGGAGCUGAAUGGCAGGAAAAAAGUGUACCUAAAUGAAGAAAACAUAUACAUCACAAAGACUACACCACAGUCCGUGGUGAAACUAUUCCAAGAGCAGUUCUACAAGGACUUCUCCCUCUUCCUCACGUUACGCCAUGAGGAACUCGUGCUUGGGGGCCAGAUGGUACUGACAUUUUGUGGGAGAAAGAAUGAGGACGCACGCAGUGGAUCAGAACUAAACAAUCUCUUUGGUUUGCUUGCACAAUCACUACAAUCUCUUGUCGCUGAGGGCUUGGUGGAGAAGGAAAACCUUGAGUCCUUCAAUCUACCACUGUAUGGGCCAUCCGUCGGUGAGGUAGAUGAAAUAGUGAAGAACGUCAAUUUGUUCGAAAUGGAUCACAUCAAUCUGUUUGAGUGUAAUUGGGAUCCUUAUGAUGACUCACAAGGUGAUAUUGUGCAUGACAGUGCCUUGAGUGGCAUGAAUGUAGCAAAGUGCAUUAGAGCCGCACUGCAGCCCUUAAUUGCAUCUUAUUUUGGAGAAGACAUACUCAAUGCGUUGUUUGAAGAAUAUGCUCACCGUGUUGCCAAGCACCUUGAGAAGGAGAAGGGUAAGUUUGCUUUUAUUGUCGUAUCUUUGAAGAAAAGAUGCUACAUAAAGAUCGGGAGCUAGUACUCGAGUAUAUCACUAAAUGUAUUGCUACGUUAAACAUAUUUCAUAUCUGCUACUUGUUUGUUUCUUUCACCUACUUGCAUGUUAUUGUCCUCCCUGGAUGUAUAUGUGCAUGAUCAAAUAUGGUCAUUAUAUUUGUGUUUCCUUGUAUCUCUAUGGAUAUAAAUAAAGGUUAAUUGGAUCCGUACCAUUAUAAAUUUA